AAUAUUCCUAGAACCUUACCAAUGUGUGAUUAUUACGUUUCUUUCCUUAAAAAGAAUUUAAUCUUUGUGUUAUGUAGAAAUUAAAACCACCCACAAACAACGAAUCAUAAAAUGAAUCUUAAGUCGUCAUUUAAAUUUAUUUUAUAUCUUACAGUAAAGCUGGUUUUACUCAUCAAUAAUACUUUGUGCAGUGAUAUUACAAAUAAUGUUUUUGGACCAUUAACUGAUGGCCUUCCGGCAGCUUUUGGUGAUUUCAAUUCAGACGAAUUAACCGAUAUAUUUGUGCUAAGAGAUGAAAGCCGAACACUGGAAAUAUUUUUAGCAGCAGAAGAAGAACCACUUUUACGUACUUCUAGAUCGAAUCCUUUGAAAUGUAGUUUUGAAGAUAAAAUUAUCACCAGUGUUGUACCGGGUGAUUUUGAUGGUGAUGCUUUAAUGGAUGUGUUGGUUACAACUGUACCAAAAAAUCAACGGAGGCAAAAAAUAAUGGAAGUUUAUAUUAUGUGGGGAGGAACUAAUCAUUUGAAUUGUACAAAUAGUGAGAAACCACUUCUCAGUACUUUAGGGCAACCUUUAGCUAUUGAUUAUGAUGGAAAUAUGAUUAUUGAUUUGUUUGGAUUAAAUGAAAAGGGGCAAAGAAUGUUUUGGGUAUUUUUACAAAAUGAAAGAAAAUUCAAACCUAUUGCAAUGAAUGAUGAUAAUGGUAAUGCUGCUUUAAAACAUCCACAUGCUCAUGCUUUCUUGGAUUUAAAUGAAGAUUUUAUGGCAGACUUAUUUUUAACUGCUGAGGAUCAAUUUGAAGUUUGGUUGGGGCAAGAUAAAUCAUAUGUUUUUAAUCAUACGAUAUCACAUCCUUCUAAUGCUAAGAAAAUUGGACAAUCUUUAUUCAUUGACUUGGAACUUCGUGGGAGAAUGGACUUAAUAACUCCAGUGUGUUUUGAUAAUGAAUGCAAAAAUAGUUCAUUGAUGGUUUAUUGUGAUAAUAAAUGGCACAAUCUUCAAGUUAACUUUAAAGAUGCUAAUAACAAAUUGUGGAGAUUCCAAUCAAAAUCUGAUGAUAAUUUAAUGUACAGAGAUACAAUUACUUUACAUUCUGGUGAUUAUAACAUGGAUGGUUAUCCAGACAUUUUAGUAACAAUGAUUUCUGAUGAUAAAUCACCACAACAAUCAUUUUUAUUGGAAAAUGUUCCAUGUGACUCAAAUUGCGGUGCUUUUACUCGAACUUUUAUAGUUAAAUGGAACAUUUUAAAACCAUUUACAAAUGGAACAGUAAUGGCAGCUUUUUUUGAUUUUUACCAAGAUGGUGUUUUAGAUGUUAUUUUGGUGCAAAUAAAUGGGAGUGGAUUUAAAUCAGCGGCUUACAAAAAUAGUUUAGAUUAUGAUGCUAAUUUUAUUAAAGUUAUGGUUAUAACCGGCUUGAAAAAUUCUAAUAAUGCUAUGAUUGAUGGCAGAGUCGGAAAGAAACGUCGAACUUAUGGUACAAAUUUACCAGGUCCAAGGAUUUCUUAUAAAACAACUACACAAGAAGGUGAUAUUCGUCACGCGGCGUCAGCUCAACUUCCGCAAUCGGCUCAUUUCAGUUUAAAUUUACCUUACAACAUUUUCGGAUUGGGAAGAACACCUAAUUUCGUAGAUACAUUAACUGUUGGUUUAUCAACUUAUUCAAGGACAUGGACACAGAUCAUACCAAAUUCUCAAAUGGUUGUGAUCCCAUGGCCGGUGGAAAAACCGUCCCAAUGGAAAGCUCAGUUGUUUGUAACGCCAAGUAAAUUAAUUUUGAUGUCCGUCGCAGGUCUAACGACCGCUUGUUGUCUUAUCACUAUUAUAAUUGGUGUAUUGCACUGGAAGGAAAGGCAGGAAGAUAAAAAGGAGAGAUUAUCAGAAACGCAUCGGUUUCACUUUGAUGCUAUGUAAAAUGUGAUUUUAUGCUCUCGAUUGUAUUAUAAAAUGUAAUGAAUAAUUAUUGAUGUAGAGCUGUGGAUAUAUAGAUAAUAGGUUGUAAGUGUAAAA